UGGGAGUUUAUUAAUUUGCCUGCAUGGACACGGGUCGUUGCGCUCAGAUGGGGUGGCAGUAAAGUGGUUUCGUAUGCGAAACGUCUGCAUUUUUGCAGAGUUUUGUAAGUAGUACGUGUUCCUGAUAUAGCAAAUCUUUCAGUGGAUGUUUUUCAAAGACAAUGAAAAGGGCUUCGUCGAGACCUCAACAACUCAAAGAUCAGCUCCUUCAGGCCAUCGAUUCUCUAAAUAAUCAGAUACAGAACAUGAUGGCUUUUUUGGAUGUGAUAUGCUGCCUGGAGAAGCACCCCAUGACUAAAGAGGCUCUAAUGGAAACCAGGCUUGGAAAGCUGAUCAACGAUGUGAGAAAAAGGUGCACGGAUGAAGACCUUGUUAAACGUUUAAAAAGUCUUAUACGCCGUUGGCAGAGGCUGGUGGAGGUAAAUGAAGUCACAGCGAAAGAGCUCUCAAGCCCUGCAGACAAUUCAACAUCUGCUGAAUGCGUUUCUGGAUCAACACAUACCCCUGUUGAAAAUUACAGCAGAGCUCGUCUUCACAGCGCCACUGGAGAGAGGACUGAAUUGUCCGAGGAUUCUGUCCCAGCUAAAACCGUAAAAUAUCCAAAUAAUUUUAGAAAAAGUAAAAUACCUAUCCGUGCAAUCAAACCAUAUUCCUCGUCCAUCAAGCGUAUAUCUCUGUCCGAUCAUCAUUCCCAAAAUGCCAAUGGUAUCGCACACCAGCACAAGUUUGAAAGAAACACCACCUCUGCCGAUCACACUGACGAAAAGCGCUUUUUGGCUGCCAAGGCACCGGGGCAAUCCACUCCACUUUCCAUUGCUUCCAAUCUACAAAAUACAUACAAAGGUCCUUCAGACCUUCUCAACAUACUCAAACCUGCUACGCUAAAUGGUAAUCUCAAUGAGGUCUCCAGCACAGUGUCAGACGCAAACAUAAUGGGUUAUGAGGAUAAGACGAGCAAGAAACGGCGUAACAUUCACACCGCCAAAGUCGAUGGAGAAGACAAACUAGCGUUUGACCCCCGUACUCAACAAAUCAAACCCGUAUCGAGCAAAACAUUGGCAAAAGAUUGCCAGAGAUCAACGGGAAGCGAAAUCCAGGACAGCGAGCAUCUGAAAAACAGCCUUUGUUUAUUCGAACAGAGAAACUUUCGGAGAGAGACGUCACAAAGCAAGAUGAUUCAGAAUAGCUUACUGACUCCUGAAAAGGCAGGGAUGAGCUUUUCUCUGGGUGAUAUAAGAAAAACCCACGGGUUUAUUCCAGAGUUCCCUGUCACAGACCUUCCAGGGGUCAGCCGAGAGGUCACCGAGCGGGACCUCAUCAGGAUGAGCAGUCAGCGGUGGCAUGGGGUGAACGGCUGCUACGAUAACGGGAAUAACUGGUCAGCGUGAUUUCUGAUUGGCUGUUUUUGCAGUGUGGGCGGUCCUUGUGAGUGGGUGAGAGUAAGCAUUGCUAGUAUGAGAAAAUAAGCUUCGGCUGUGAUAAAAAGGGGGUGUGUUUCCAUGGUAACCCGGCGGCCC